AUGUUGGAGAAGACUAGGAAGCUGCUCAGAAUUCGUAACAGUACCAUAAGGGAGAUGCUGGCAGAAGCACUGGGAACAUUCAUCCUCAUGGUUUUUGGCUUGUCUUCCGUGGCACAAGUGGUAUUGGGAAAAGGAAACAGUGGUCACUAUCUCAGCAUCAAUAUGGCAUUUGGCAUUGGUGUUACCUUGGGCAUCUAUGCUGCUGGAGGAGUAUCUGGAGCUCACCUGAAUGCUGCCAUCACAAUUACACAAUGUGUUUUAGGAAACAUCUCCUGGACAACGCUUGCAGCUUAUAUAACUGGCCAGUUCCUGGGCUCCUUUAUGGCAGCAGCCACCGUCUUUGCUCUCUACUAUGAUGCUAUUUAUGAGUACACCAAUGGGAACCUUACAGUGUCGGGACCAACUGCCACAGCGAUGAUCUUCUCUACUUAUCCUGCUCCCAGUGUAUCCUUGCAGGGAGCCUUCUUCACAGAGUUUAUGGCAACAGUUAUGCUGAUCCUGGGUGUUCUGGUCAUCCAUGAUGAGAAAAACAAUGCAGCCAUCAAAGGUGCUCAGCCCAUGCUCUCGGGUAUGCUGGUCCUCGGCAUUGGUCUGGGAAUGGGGCUGAACACAGGCUAUGCCAUAAACCCCUCCAGGGACCUGCCCCCCCGGAUCUUCACAGCAAUUGCUGGCUGGGGAAUGGCCGUCUUCACGGAUGACCAUUCUUGGUGGUGGGUCCCAGUCGCAGCUCCAAUUCUGGGAUGUCUUUUUGGUGUUUUCAUCUACAAACUCUGCAUUGAUUUUCACAACCAUCCUGGCCAUGAAACUGAACAUGAGAAAGAAGAGGCAGGCAUGGAGACUUCCAGACUGUGA